UGCUACUGCUAAGUACUUAUCUCUAGCUACAUCUAUACACAUAUAUACACAUAUAUACACAUAUAAUUAUAUAUAUUGAUCAAUGAAGAUGAAUUCGACAACAAAGGUGGAUAGGAAGAAGAUUGAAAUGGCUAAAAUACAAAACAAGAGCAAUCUACAAGUGACUUUUUCGAAACGACGAUCAGGUCUGUUCAAGAAAGCUAGUGAGCUUUGCACACUCUGUGGAGUUGAAGUUGCCCUAAUCGUCUUCUCGCCAGCCAAUAAGCCCUUCGCAUUUGGCCACCCCGAACUCCACUCCCUCCUCCGCCGCUUUCUCACCCAUCAAAACAACAACUCUACUGAUCAUUACGGCCACGUUAUCGGUCGCCAUGAUCAACAGCUCAACGACCAACUUUCAUGUCUUCUAACCCAACUGGAAGAGGAGAAAAAGAAGGGACGAGAGCUCAAUGAGGAGAUCAGAAAAGACUGUUAUGAUAAUGGCCAGAGAAAGAAGAUGAUGUGGUGGUGGGAAUCCGCCAUUGAAGAUGAAAUGAUCAGCUUCCAUGAGCUUCAGCAGUUGAAGGUUUCACUGGAGAUGCUCAAGGACAAUGUGGCUCUGACGAGAGAAGCCCACAAUACAAUAAGUAAUGGUGAUAUUUUUCUAAAAGAUCUACAGUUUUGGCUAUGAAUGUGCCAUUUUUCUAAAUUUUGUCUAAUUUUAUGUUACUUUUGUAAUGAAGCGGUUAUGUGCUUAAUAACUUGCAAAGUUUUGGGUUUUAUUUGGAAUAUGUUUUGGGCUUUUCUGAAAACUCGUUAUGCUGGCCCGUUAUUUGUCAGUCAUAGUGAGAUUGUGAUGAAAACACAAAUAAUAAUAAUAAUAAUAAUA